GAAAAUAACAAUCUUUGAAAAGUAAAAAAUUGUAUAAUUAUUGAAUUAUUCAUUAAAAAACUUGAAAACAUAACCUUAUAAGAUGUUUUGGGGUGUAACCAUGGUGCAACUGAUAGCCUUAAUGUACAAAGACCAACACGUCGGUACCUUACAAAAAUUAUUGAAUUUGUGGCUCGAAGCUUCCUUCAGCGAAAGCUCCGAAGAUAAUGAAAGCAACACCUCGCCUCCCGACCAAAACAGUGGCGACUCUUCGCCCCUUAUAACUUCGGAUCCCACUUCUGAUUCCAGCGACAACGGGGGAAGCGUCAGGAACAAAAAUGUUAACGCAUUGAGCAACACGAUGACCGCUGAACGGAACAAAAUUAACCAGAACCGCAGCAAAGCUCUCGUAAUUAUGAAACGCGGCAAGUCGACGGAAACGGAAAUCAGCACGAGCAGCAGUGGAAUCUUCAGCAUGGGACAAAGUUUCGACUCCUCGAUAAAAUCCAGCGGCAACGAAAAGCACGAACCGCCAACCUCCAACACAACGCAGACCAAUCAAAUCAACGGAAACGGUAACAACCAGAAAAGGGGUUCGUUGCAAAGUGAAGUUUCCGAUUGUGGUUACGUAACGCAAGCUGAGAAUCAAGAAUCGAUUUCUACGUCCAGUAACGAUGAUGAUCAGCCUCAUCAGAAGCCUGUACAUCAGAAACCGCAUAUGUUUCAGAAGUCCAGGUACAACAACGGGAAGAAUAGGGCUACUACUGCUUUGGAGAAGAAGGAAUUUAGGCGGAAGAAGUUGGUUAAGAGGAGUAAGACAAACCUCAUAAACAUGAAAGGCUUAAUCCAUCACCUUCCAACCGACGAAAACAUCGCCAACAUACUAAAAGAAUUCACUGUAGAUUUUCUCCUGAAAGGCUAUGGAACUUUAGUCCAAGACCUUUACUCUCAAUUACUCACAAACAUUCACCUCCAAAUUGACACCUCCCACUUUUUCUGGUUGGUCACCUAUUUCCUCAAAUUCGCCACCCAGUUGGAACUGGAACCUGAACACAUAAGUCCAGUUUUGUCCUUCGAAAUUUUGUCCUAUCUGGUCUUUCAAGGGGUAUGGGUGUACGAAGAGCUGGAAAUCAGUCGCAGGAUGCCCGAUAUGGAUUUGAAACCGUGUCUGCGCCGAUUGCAUUUGGUUGUGACAGCUAUAAGAGAGUUCCUCCAAGGUGUGGAAACCUACUUAAAGAUGGUGCAUCUAAGUGACGACGAUAGAAAUAAUUUCUCCAAACUUCAAGUUCAAAUAAGCGAAACAGAAAAUUUAAGAUCCUUAUUUGUGUUACUUUUAAAACAAUUCAACCCAAAUAUUCAAAGUAAACAGUACCUUCAAGAUCUCAUCCUAACGAAUCACAAUUACUUGCUGUUCUUGGAUAACACCUGUAAAAUUUUGAAGAAAGAGUUCAACAUUAUGGAGCACCUGCAGCAGUUUGCAACCGUGGAAAUUAUGAAAAAUUACGGUCUGCUUUUGGAAGAUUUCGAAGAAAACGGCGAGUUUGUAAACAACUGCAUUUUCACCAUGAUGCACCACAUCGGUGGUGAUUUAAAACAUGUUCCAACUUUAUUUCAACCCAGCAUAUUAAAAACCUUCUCGCAGAUAUGGGAGACCGAUUAUGAAAUUUGCGAUGAUUGGUCAGAUUUAAUAGAAUACGUAAUUCACAAAUUCAUAAACAAUCCUAGAACGCAUUGCUCUGAAAUGACUUCACCGGCAAUUUUAGAAAAUUCUGAACAAUUGGAAGAUACAGAAAGUUCAUCAGAAAUUGAUAAAUCAGAGUCAGACACCAUAGAUGAAUUGAUUGUUUUAUUUAGGUGGACACUGGAAGACAAAAGAAACCUUUUAAGUUACUAUAACCAAAGCCGCGACUCAAACGACACAAUUGCCAACAUAACGAGAAAAUACGACGAAUGCGGUACCAAACAUAAAACGAAACUCUCUAUAAUCGGAGAGUUGUUAGACCAAAAUAUUAUCAACGAGAGACAAUAUAACGAUUUUAUGCAGUCGAAAUAUCCCGAUAGUUCCUUAGAGACGUCGCCAAAAGAAGAAGAAGAAUUUUUGCACAUGGUAAAUGAACAAAGUAAUGCCGAGGAAAGCUUGGUGGACGGGGAUAUAAAAGUUUUAAAGGAGUAUUUAUUUAAAGAGAACAAAGGGAAAUUUAUUUUGUGGCUGCAAAAAAAUCUCAUCGAAGCUUGUUACGUCAAAUUAGUUCUAAGCGAUCCCGAACUUAAUACUGGAGGAAUAGAGCCCUGUAUCCAUUAUUACUCAUUGUUAAAUUUGCCCAUACCUGUUAUACCAUGGUCUUCAGAACAAACGAAUAUUUUCAAACACCAACCUUUCGUAUUACUCUUGCACAAACUGGGAUUUUAUUUGCCGGUAGACACGGGAAAAAUUUUCGUGAGGAUCCCGAAUUUUUGGAAUGCUGAUUAUAUUUAUAGCAUAGCACAGCAAUUGGGACCCAUUGAUCCAGCCAAACUCAAAUUUGAUGCCGGUUUACUGAAAGGGUCCAGCAAAAGUUCGACAUCUUUAACAAAAAUACCUGAUGCAACCACUUUUUCCGAUCACAGCAAAUUUUCGAUGACCGAUCCCAAAAAAACACCUUUAAUAGUUAGGUACACACCAUUACCAAACUCUGCGCAAUGGUUUCAAACUAUUUUACAAUCUAAAGUUGCACCUAUUAUGGACACUACACUCCAUAAUAAUAGCACAAGUCAGCUGUCGAUUAGCAUACCGGAAACGGAUGUAAUUACGCACGAACUUCCUGUACCUGACUUAAGUAUUGUCGGGGAUUCUUCUUCAUUAUCCUCCAUAAGAAUGGAGUGUUAUCCCAUUAUGGAAAUAUUAGACAAUAUUUCAAAUUUAGACUUGGACAAUGAUAGAAGCGACACUGCUUCAGUGGCGUCCGAUUUGACUAGAAUGUGCGUGAGUGACGAGGAGGAUAAAGUUUUAAUAGUUUUAAAAAACAACGAAAAAAACUAAUUAUUCAAACCCAAGGUGAAUUUGUUUCUACAACGAUUGGUGUGAUUUGUUUUGUUUUUGUGUAAAAGAUAUUAUGUAGAUUAAGGCUUCCUUUUUUUGUUUUGUUUUAAAACACGCCUUAUUUUUGUGAUGAUUUUAUUAUUUUAUAAAAUGCACAAUUUAAGAUACAUACUUAAAAGCAAAGAUAAAUACGAAAAAUAAAUAAACUAUAAAAAUACAGAAUUUUCAAUUUACUGCAGUUUUUAAACUAAAAAAAAGUAUUUAUAGUAGGUAUAGUACAGUAAAAAACCGCGACAUUUUGUGUGAAUUUACCUUAGCUGCAAAAACAAUUAGGAAAAGUCAAAUUUACAAUCUGCAUGGUAUCAUUGUCAUUUUUGUUAUUAAACUAAAUUCAUACAAAAUGUCAUGUUUUUUUGACAGAGGAAGCCGAGCACAUUUCACUUUUAGGUACAGUUCAUUUUUUUUUAUUUGGACUCCUGUUUUUUUAGCUCGUUUGAUUUAGUAUUUUUAUUAUUUAAAAAAUGGUACUUCUGCUGAAGAUCUUAAUUAAAUGCUCUGACACUGUCAAAUUGACAUUUAUAUUUAUUAUUGAUAAUUUACAUGUUAUGCCAAAAAUAAUAUUACAUUCUAAAGUAAAAGAACUUUUAAGGGCAAAAUUUCAUUUCAAUGAAGUUAUGGCAAUUGCCUCAAUGGCAGAAAAAGUACAUCGCCUUGUGGACAUUUUUGGAUUAAAAAAGUAUCGUUUUUGGUUUUACAAAUAUUACAUCACACAUUAUUUUCAGCUAAGCAGAUCAAAAUUUAAAAAAAUAAGGGGGAAAUAAAAAAAAACAAAAAAUAAAAAUUAUUUGUUAGGUUCAACCUUUUUGUGAAAAAUCUAGUAGUUAAUUUUCCUGUCUUUGAAAAUAGCAUCCAUUUGGUUUGAAAAACAUAAGCAAUAAUUACGAAAAUUUUUCUUCUUUCAAUUUGCAAGUUAUUGAUCAUUAAUAGUCCUGGACAAUAUAUAUAUACAUUAUAAUUAUUAUUAAGCCACUACAAGUAUUAACGUCCAGUGGCUUUAACAAAAUACCCAUUCACCAUUGGAGUACAAUGAUUGGACAACAUUCACGUGUGUUCACAUAAAAUUUUAAUUUCUUUUAUAUAAUUUUUUUUGAAAGCGCUAGGAAUACUUUAUCUCUCCUGGGCCGUAGUCACCUAUAUUUGACUACUUUUUUAUAUGAUUUUACUCAUCUUAACUCAUUUUAACUACGAAUUUUGACAACUCAACUUGACAACCGUUCAAUGUAACCUACAAUAAUUUAAAAAUAUAACCCACAAUUACAUAUCGUCACCCUAAUAUUACAAGGUUGUAUGUCAUGUUUUUUGCACUUUCCGACUUAAUAAUAUAACAAGGUUGUAUGUUACCAAAUCUUCCUUUUUCAUGCAAAACAUAGAUGGAAUUACCCAUAUUAAGAAAAAUAUUAGGAAAAUUACGGAGGUGUAUGUGCUUUAAUAUGUUUAAUAAAACCAACAGAGGUGUAUGUUUAAUAUCUAAAACAUACACCUUUGUUAUAAAUACUUUGCACGGAUAAAAAGGAUUUCUUAGAUAUAGAAUUUUAUUUUUCUUAAAAAUAUUUAUUUGAAUAGAGUUAAUUUGAUUUGAUUUAAGACGAAUGAUUUGUUACAAGAAUGUUCAAUUUCUUUUAAAUAGUAAAUAUAUUUCUUGAAAAAAACUCUUGGUUCAAGAAUUUUUCUUCAUUGAAGAAACGCAUUGCGUUAAUUCAAGAAAAAUAUUUCUUAUUUUCUAAAAAUUACCCUUUUCUUGGGACAAGAGAAUCAGGGCUUGUAAAUUUUACUUGAAGAAUAUUAAAAUUUAUUGUUCUUGUAUUAAGAAAAUCUGAUCGUUUGACUUCGUUUCAAGAAUAAUUAUUAGAUAAUUUCUUGUAUUUACGAGCUGUCCGUUGGGGAGGGAAUAAACUUGUUUCAUACGUCCUACACCCUCAUUUGAAAAGUAACCGUGCUUGUGUUUUCUUAAAUGUUUAAAAAUGAGUGAUUAUUCGAACGAUUACAGUGCCGUAGACAUUAGGACAUUAUUGACUGAAUGGAAUACUCCAGAACGUAGGGGUUAACCAUUUUUAAACUUUUUUUGACACCAUGUAUAUUUUUAUUUAUUUGUAAAUAAAUCUUUGUGUCAAAAAAGUUCAAAAUUGUUUACUCCCCCUCUGCUUCUUAAAAAUCCCGAAUGUAGCUUAAAUAUUAACUAUACUGAAGAAAAUUUCAAAUACUUGUUUGAAGAAGUACUUGUCUUAAAUGAAAUAAAUAUUAUCUUUAAGAAUACAUUUUAUUAACGCAAGACACAAAAUAUUUCUAUAAAGAAAAGAACGGUUUCAUUGAAGAAUUCCUUUGAUUAAUGCGAAGAAUAAUGUCUUGAAUGAAGAAUAAUUACUACUCCACCAAAACUCAAUUAUUUUUGUUUUUUUUCCUCAAGUAAUUUUAUUUUUUAUUCAAGAAUAUUUAUUCUCGACCCAAAAUGUGACAAUUUUAAUAACACGAGUUUUUAUCAUUCGUUUAAGACUGCUUAUGUUCUUAAAAAGGAGAAAAUAUAUUCUCCGAGGAAAACAUGUAACACAAGAAUAAUUUUUACUGCUGGCAAGAAAAUAUUGUUUCGAAGAGAUAGGAAUCAUUUAGUAUCUUGAAUGAAGUUAAUUUAACUUGGCUGAAGAAAUCCUUUUUUACAGUGUGGAAAUAAAUUAACAUUAACAAGGGUGUAUGUCCAUUAGGGUUGUCAAAGACAUUUUGUGAGAAUUUACCUUAAUCACAAAAAUGACACAAUCAACAAUACUUGUGUAACGUCAAAUUUACAAUUUGCAUUGUUCUUUGUUUCUGACAUACAAACAUUUUAACGCAACUUUAUGUGCUAUUAAAGUGAGAUUCUGAGUUCUGUGUGACAUCUCAUUUACAAGUGCUGUAAUUAAUUUGUUAAUAAUUAAAUAAUAAAAACAUGGAUGCCCAAGGUAGAUCUAGAAUAUUACAAAGCGAUUUUACCAAAGCAGAACAGUUUAAGCGUCCAGGCGGCAGUAGUAAAUAAAACAGGAAAAAAAAUGAAAAAGUGAUUUUACCAAACGACAAACUAAAACGGCAGUAGUUAAAAAUUUGAAACAAAAAAAAAAAGCACAAAAAACACAAAAAAAUUGAAUAAUCAUGCUAAUUUCUAUUAACUGUAUUUUUUUAUUAUAACAUUUGUUUAAAGUUUUUGUAUUUUAAAUAUUUUUCUU